GGUUUUAACAUCGCUUUCCCAAAUAGGCAAAUUCUUGUUGCGGUCAUUGAAGGGACGACUUGUGUCUACUUGUUGUGUGUCUAUCUAUGACACUCGUACAUGCGUUCAUAUAUUGCUUCAGCGUCGGGACUGAUGCUUGUGUCGUACCUGCCAUCUUUGAAUCUCGAGAAAUUUCUCUUCAACUGUCUACAGCUCAUGUUAUUCGUCUUCUGAUUUCCAAAGAAAAUGGAGCUCUUUGCAUCAUGCACCUAAAGUCUUAAGUCUUAGCCAUUCUUAAAAUCUCUUUCGAGUGUGCGACCAACCCAGUUCGGCCCAACAAUUAUUUAAUGCUCAUCGAUCUACUUAGGUGGUCAAUUGAGAAAAGAUCUCCUUCACAUUCCCCAUCUGUCAUCGCCACCAUGCCAAAUAAAAAGCCCAAGAAGCCUUUCCAGGUGUACGAGGAUCGUGACGCCACUAAACCAGAGUUCUGUUCUGGCGAUUUCCUCUGCUCCCUCUGUUUCAAAGACAGUACAACUCUAGGUCCUUGUACAGCAUGCUGUACAGGAUGUCCAAAUUGUGGUACCCUACUUAAUGAAUCAUUGAAACAAAAGCAAAGUGCAUUAACUGAAGAUAUGGUUGCGCAUCUCACCAAGUCCGAAUCAACAACGAAUUCGCCAUUCCAAAUCUCAUCUAACGGCGAAAUUCUGACUACUACAGGCAGUAGCCAAUCUAUUGGCACUACAGAUGCAAUCAAAUCAUCUCCGCCAUCUUAUAUCUAUGACCGGGGGCUCCCUCCAGACAACGGAUAUCAAGCAUCCAUCCCUACAACUCCCACUCGAUCCCAAUACGUUUCUAAAAACAAUAGCCCAGCUUUGCCUACUCGUCGUAGUGAAUUCCGCUCGCCCAUCAGCCAACAACAACACAGCCCACAUGUUUUCCAACGCAUCAUACAAACCCGCCAGCCUUCUCGCGACAGCAAGAGCCUAUCUUUGACUGGCAGCCAAGAUUCGCUAAUACCGAUCCCACCAGCUGUAACGCUCAUUGGCCAACAACGAAGCCCGAAAGCGUCUCAGAAGAGUAUUCGAACUCAUGCUGAUAAAUUAAGAGCUGCUUUAGCAUGUCCAGUUGAUGAACUUCCCCAAAUAAAGUAUAAGUCUUCGAGAAAGACUCCUUUGAGAAAGAAGAUAGGAAUGCUUUUCAGAAGAGUUCAGGACAAAUUCGAGGAGCCCUUGGUUACAAGCAACCAUCAGCUGAUUAAGAGCAAUGAUGAUGAUUUGAAGUGAUUGAGAGAUCAAUAAUGUAAAUGAUGAACCACACCAGAAAAUUAAAGGAGAAACAUUUUGGAGCAACAGAAGAUGUACUGUUUACAGCGAAUAUUUUGGUGGGGCUUUGUCGAAGAAAGAAUAUUGUGUAUGAUAUACCCAACCAGCGUUGAAGUUUUAAUGAUAAUAUCAAUUGCA